AUGGCUUCACAACGAUGGAGGAGAGUGACUACCUCUUUCAUUGAAAUUGUUGAUCAACAGUUAAGCGGAAAGAAUGAUCAUUAUUCUCCACUUUCAUCAUUUGUAAUAUUGUGCAAAAGAUCGGAAAAAGUUAAUUCAUUUCCUCAUCAUUGGGCUUCAUUUUCGGGAUCUAUCGAAAGAAAUUCCAAUCCACUCAGUGCAGGGGUAAAAUCAUCCUUGUCAAAUACGAAUGAGUUAUCAAUACCAACAGAUAGUUACAAGCUACAAAUAGAUAGAACAGAUCAUCCAACAACCUCCGAUGCUUUUAAAGAGAAUGCUUUUGAAUGUGCUAUAAGAGAGUUGGAAGAAGAAACCCAACUUAAAGUGGGAAAGCAGUUACAAUUCAUUCGAAGUGGAAGAGUUCAAUGGAUACCAAGUUACACGAAUUCUGAGAGAAAAGGAUUUAUUGUUUAUCCGUUUUUAUUUAGAUUUCAUCUAGCAAAUACCAUCCAAGAGAACAGAUAUGAUAGGAUGGAUUUUGCUGCACUGGUAAAAAGAGAAUUGGAAAAGUCAAACUUUAAAAUCGACUGGGAGCAUGACACUUUUGACAUUUUCAAUGUUGAGAAGUUUUUGCACCAACAUGAAGACUCAUCAUUGCAACACGAUUCACCCUCCCUUACCAAUACCGUCCCUAAUUUAAGAGAAACCCUUCAAAGAGUAUUCUUCACAGCUCAAGACUAUUCUCUUGCACAAGAAAUUGAAACGCAAAUUGUUAAUAAUUUCACUGAUGGAGCAAGCCAAAUAGCACUCAAAUCAAUUGAAAUCCUGAAAAAGGGAGUUAAAUUGUAUGGAAAUUUAAAGUAUGAGGAUAUUCCUGAUUUCUUCAAGCUCAAUAUAAGCAAAGAGGCUGAAGAAAAUCACGAACUUGUUGUGGCACUUUACAUUUAUGAAAAGCUCAGAGACUUGGUAUGGCAUUUGGAUCACUGCAGAAAGGAAAUGCCGUCCACAGGUAAUUUAGCUAUAAUGACAUUUCACAAAACAAUCUAUUUUCGAUACUCAAAGGCAACUACUGCACAAGAGAAUAAUCAGCUUAACGCCCUGAAGAAGAUACUUAAAGCGCGGUCAUUGACAGAGUGGAUCACAAACAUGGAAAUCAAAAUUGAACAAAGUCUCAAUCAAAUCAAGGAGAACUCAACCAAGAUCUCUACCAGGUUCCUUGAUGCCAUCCAGCAAACGAUCAAUCCCAUGUCCAAAUUAACAAUCUUGACACACAGCUGGAGCAGCAAUACAUUACUCUCUCUUCAUCAGCUCAUGGCACAUUGUUGUAGCAAAUUGGAUGAAUUUGAAUUAACAAUAUUCGUCACAGAAUCUCGACCUGAAAAUGAAGGUUACAAUACUGCAAAAGAACUGCUACAGUAUGCGACUGAAAUCUCUAGCCACUCAUCCAACAAGUGCAAAAUUAAGGUUCAAGUAUGCACUGAGGCAUCUGUUGGGUAUCUAUGUCGAAACCAUGUAAUUGAUGCGAUGGUAGUGGGCUCAGACUCUAUUCACAUGCACGAUGACCAUCGCUUGAUCAUUUCAAACAAAACUGGAACUUGCAUGCUUCAUACUAUUGCAGAGGCGUUCAACAUACCUUUCUUUCUAUUGUCAGACUCUCUAAAAGUCAAGACCAAAGAAACUUUGAAUGGUGAUGAUGGCUGUGAAGAAAUGAUCACAUCACAUGAAGAACAAGAUGAAAUUGGCUCUACUCCCAAACUCUUCAAGCAGCCACUUUUUGAAAGCGUGUUGAUCGACACUAAAUCAGACAAGAGCACAACACAAUUAAUUCUCGAAUGUGACAAAUCUUUGCAUGACAUUCAAUUAGAAUUCGAUGCUUGGAGAGAAGAUGUUUAUGGACUGUAG